ACUUCUUCUAUUUGACCAGCUGCACCAUCCACCCUCUAACUAUGAGCAGAAACUACUUGUCCAAGAAUGAUGAGCUCCGCAAGGGAGAUUAUUUAAUCUCUAAUAACCAAGAGUUCAAAGCUGUGUUCCAGGAGGAUGGCAACUUUGUCAUCUACGGCUGGAAGCCCAUCUGGGCUUCUAACACAGUCUCACAGGAGGCCCACCGUUUGUGUAUGCAGCACGACUGCAACUUUGUCAUGUACGACAGGAACGACAGUGCCACUUGGCACACUAACACCUACAGAUCCGGCACCAACGUAUGCCGUGUCCGCUUACAGGAUGAUGGGACUCUGGUGGUGGACGUGGAUAACAAGGAGGUCUGGACCUCUGCAAAAUGAGUGCAGUCCCUCACUUCAUCUUUCACUAGGGAUACGCAUCAUGCAACUCAGGAUGUGUCAUUGUGUAUCCAUCUUUGACAAAUGUGUACCCUAUAUUUUGUAGACAUUUUCCAAAGUAUGUGUCCAGUAAAACACCUUUCAAAACAGCAAAA